CACUUAGUUCCUCUUUCAGGGUGUGAAACUGUUGCUGUUGUUGAAUCUGGAAACAUUUGUAUAUUUGUCUCCAGCCAGAAGAUCUGCAUCGCUUAUCAUAGAUGAAUGAAGCAUCAGCUAACAUGGCUCAGGGGGAGCUCAGAGAGUCUGCCCUUAAGAUCGAGAGCCUCACCGCGCAGCUAGUUGAUCUGCAGAAGGAGACUGAUGGUUGGCGUGAACGUAUAGCAGAGCUGGAGGCAGCAUUGGUAAAGGAAAAAAACACGAGCCGCAAAAUGCUAGCAGACAAAGAACGUGAGGUGGCUGAGAUCCAAGCAAAGAUGCAGCAGCAACUUCAUGAGUAUGAGGAGUUGUUUGAUAUUAAACUUGCUCUGGACAUGGAAAUAAACAUCUAUCGUAAGCUUCUGGAAGGAGAAGAAGAAAGGCUAAAGCUGUCUCAAAGUCCUUCAUCUCAUGUAACCAUGUCUCGAGACUCAUCCAGCAGUGGAAGUGUGUGCACCACUCAGGGAAAGCGGAAGCGCGUUGACAUAGGGGAACCAAAAGCCAGCAGUUCAAUGUCAAAAGUGCACACUGCCUCAGCCACAGGACCCAUCUAUAUUGACGAGAUUGACAGAGGUGGCAAAUUCAUCUGCCUUCAUAACAGUGGAACUGAGAGAGUGCCUCACACUGCCAAGACAGCCUGCUUAAUCAUGUGACUUGGCUGCACCAACCACUUCUCACUAUUAUCAACUCUGAGCCCAACAUCUGCUGCCAACUGUCACACAAUAACCAUUUUUUUUUUUUAUCUUUUGUAGUAAAUUUCAGCAAAAAUGCAUAACUGUGUGUUAAAACUGCAUUAAACUUUUUUUUUGUAGAUAUUCAUCUGAACAACCAAAUAUCAAACAAAACUGUAUUUUUGAACUUUCUUUCCCAAAUCUUUGUUAAAAUCUUGACAUUUUCUCUUUUCAUGUCAUUUAGUUUUGGUGAUUUUUUUUUAGUUACAGAAAAGCCACAAGUGGUUCAUUUUUUUCUGGUCUGGUAAGCUGUGAAAGUUCUAUAUCAUCCUGUUAAACUAUAACAGGGAAUCAAAGGAUCUUAGUUGCCCAGAACUGCAAGGAUAUACUUGCUCUCAGAAAUCUGGACCUUAUGUGGACAAAAUUUCCAAUUGUAUAACACAAAAUACUCUCGUUGACUGGCAACAAUUUACUAGACUACAAACAACUGAAAAUAUUACACGAUUGUUGAUGAAUACAUAUUGAUUGUUAAUAAGGAAGUACGGACAGUGUGUUGCAACUGUUACAACUCUUUUCGUAUAGGAUGAAAACUGACUUUAGUCACUCCUGUGUUAGUACUGGGUGGUAAAUGAUUGGAUCUAAGACACUAUGGACAUUCACUGAAAGCAAAAGCUUGCAUUUUUAAACAGUAUGACUCAUUUCUGUGAAUUACUGUGUUGUGUAUACAAAUGCCACAGAUGGCUUAAUUGUGAUUGUAUGUAAGUUUCUGACUAUGAACAAGCAUUAAUCUAACUGUUUUUUUUUUUUUUUUAAAUAUUUAAAGUACUUUCUGUGUGCUUUUUGCAUGCUAUGGGUAUAUAUAAAUGUAUUCUGAACUUACAUUUGUCUGUAUAUAUUUCAAUUCAAUUUUAUUCUUAUUCAAUUCAAUAUUCGAUGUCUUCAGUAUGCAUCUACAAUGUAAAAAGUAGCAAAAAUAAAUAAAAAACAUUAAAUGAGAA